AGUGGUGGUAUACUUGUAUUGUUACGUAUUUUAAGAAUCUAAGCUACCCACACAUAGACUUAAUGAAGACCAAACAUAUUAGCCGUAAAUACCAUACAUAGCCACAAGGGGAGCCUUACUGAAGGCUGCAAUAGAUACUUUAUCCACAGAGGGCAGCACCACAGACCAAGCGAGGAAACCGAGGAUUACGUCCCACCGGUUUUCUCCAAGUCUUCCGGUCCUCCGAGUCCAUAAGAAAGCCUCCACAUCUUGAAGACAACAGAACUCUCCAGGCAGCGCUAGGACAUUCGUGGGCUAAAGUCUUAGACCAGCUAGGAGAACACUCUCGCACGUGCUAAGGCACAUCUUCAAUCUCUCUUAACUUCAGAGCAUCAGUUUACCAUACCGAAAAUACUUUAUACAAAUAAAGUAUCUCUUUAAAGCUAUUCCUUUGGAUUCGACCCCUCUUUCCUUGAAGAACAUGAUAAUUGGUUGACCCCGACGUUCGUGGAGAGUCCGGACCGAGACUGGCGACCGCGAGGCCGUUCGGAAAGCAGUACAAGCUACUUACAGGCGCCACAACAAAGCAAGACAGAUCACAGACCAGAAGCCGUCCGAUCCAGAGAAUCCUUCACCAACGUCGGUGACACCUGGCGAGUGGAUCUGGGUGAAAAAACACCAUCGAAAGACCUAGAAGACCGGUGGAAGGGGCCAUACAAGGUAUUCUUGGCCAAACCCUUUUCUGUUUCUGUAGAGGACCGACGUGGGGCCCAGUGGCACCACCUGAGCCGGUGCCGCAAAGCAGAUACUCCUGGCAGAUCGUGGACUGAGACCCUGACCGACCUAGCUGCACUCCAAGCCAAGGACAAACACUCCUCAUCCCAAGACGAUGGGCCACAGCGUGCCCUUGGGAAAGUACCUGGUAGGAUUCCUUCUGGUAGUCCUGUUCCAAGAAGGAGCGGGAGACAACAUCGCCAGGUACCCACCGCCUAAACCAACAACAACAGGUCAGGUCUCGUUAAGGUACUGUCGAGGGAUAGAAAGUAUCUUUGAGCUGAAUUUUUGUGAUAUGCUGCCCUGUGGGACCAGGAAGGACCGGGUCUACCAGGCAGAAAAGUACAUGUGCGUAAGCACCAGACGAGACGGUAGCUACAUGAGAGAUUAUUCCUGCGAGGCGUGGUUUCAGACAUCGUGGCUUACCCAUCCUGGGUACAAGGAGGGCUAUUAUCCCCUGAGGUCCAACUACAAGGAAAUCCAAAAGGGAAUCUCCCUUACCAGAAGAUUAUAUGGCUAUAAAGAAGUCUGGAGCAAUAAUGGUCUAGCAGUCAAGGGAGAGUCAAUAUUCAUAAAGUUAAGGGCAGAUUUACUCAUUCCCGAAAACAGAUCUCAUAAGACAGACAAAGGCCUGGUUUUUCUAACGUUAAGGGCGGAUACUUAUGGGGAGGACCUAAAGGUAGUUAUCCAUCUAUCAGGAGUUGCAUGCGGUCCCAAUAAAUUUCCAUCUAGAGGGACGUAUGAUUCCUUAGGAGCGCCUCAUCUCUCACCACCCCCGGUAGUGCACCCAAAUGGAGGGACGCACGAAGAAUAUUGGGAGGUAAAGACGGGUGAGCUUGAUCAGAACAUGUGGUUAAAAUGGAUGAACUACACGGCCCGGGCCCAGGGCAAGACCAACUGCAUUAUCUGUGCCGCCGGCCGCCCCUCCUUGACCACAGCCCCCGCUAGAAUCACCCCGCAUAAUUCACCGCAAGGUUUUGUUUGUCUAUUGGAAUUAUUCGUGGACGGCCACAUCCCAGGGUGCACAAUUGCAAUAAAAUCCAGACUAAAUAACAUGUAUCCUCAGACCCCGAUUAGAUCUUUACCCCCAAGAUUUGAAGUUAAUUUAACUCCGGACUAUCAUUGUAUCACAGGAAGGGGAACAGGGAGAAAGGUGGGAUCAUUUCCUCUUGACUCUUGUAACACCACUAGAGAGAUAAAAUUGUUGUCCAAUAUGACCCGUGCCCGUAGUGAUAUAUGGUGGUUCUGUGGAGGUCUGAUCCUCAGGGGAGUUCUCCCCUUUGAAUUCUCAGGAACAUGCGCAAUCAUACAGUUAAUAAUGCCCAUCUACAUUUUACCCGAUAGCAAGACGGUGAUGGAUCUCACAUUAUCCAGCAACGGUGGUCUCCCGGACUUGACCCGUCGGAAACGAGAGUAUGCACCAGUCCCGGGUAGUUUUGAUAAAAACAUAUACAUAGACGCAAUAGGAGUACCCCGAGGGGUCCCCAACGAACAUAAAGCCCGGAAUCAGGUAGCGGCAGGAUUUGAAUCAGUUCUAUUUUGGUGGUCUACUAUUAAUAAAAAUGUUGACUGGAUAAAUUACAUAUACUAUAAUCAACAACGGUUUGUUAAUUUUACAGAAGAGGCAGUCAAAGGACUGUCCGAACAAUUGGAUGCCACCUCCCGGAUGACCUAUCAGAAUAGGCUAGCUUUAGAUAUGUUAUUAGCAGAACGAGGAGGGGUGUGCGGGAUGAUAGGGACAACAUGUUGUACAUUUAUCCCCAAUAACACAGCACCAGAUGGGUCCGUGGCCAGGGCAUUGGCUGGACUGCAAUCCCUCAAGUUGGAGUUGGCCGAGAACUCCGGUAUUGGUGACCCAAUAGCUGGAUGGAUGGAGAACCUGUUUGGUAGGUGGAGAGGUAUGAUCCAGUCAGUACUCAUCGCGGGAAUAGUGGCAGUAGCCGUGUUAAUUGUUGUCGGCUGCUGUUGUAUUCCCUGCGCACGAGGGCUACUGAAUCGGCUGAUCACCACAGCAUUGGGCGCCACAAAAGUGCCAGGUGACAUUCAUGCUUACGUAGGAAUCAGAUAUAAUCCGUUGAACUUGAAUGAGAUACCACCUGAGGAGCCUGAACCUAUCCAAUUACAAUAUAUAGAAUAAAAUGCCACCAUUUGUAGCACCUGUGUCUAAGAUAAUCAAUAUCCUGGAUUUACUUGAAUAAUUAAUUAUUGAACCACCAAGACGAGUUGUGCUUGUUAUUAUAUAGUAUUGUUUGGUUGUGAGUACAACUCGUUAUUUCUGAAUCGCUGCAUUAAUAAUGGUACAGUUGAUCUUCCUUGAGGCGAUUGUUUUACAGGCCACCUGUUACUGACACGACGACGACGGAGAACCUGUUUGAAGGCUCCCAUGAUGUAGGAGUAACCCCUCUGAGUUGAGCCCUUGACAAGGAGGGACGAGUCUUGGGUUCAUGAAUUACAGGCCAGACGGCGACAGAAAAAACAAUGACUGCAAUAAUAACAAGCCCAAAACCACCCACAUGAACCGGCGCACCAAAACACGAAGAUCACCUGAACCCCCCAAAUCUAUGCCCUAACCACCCACAUGAACCGGCGCACCAAUACACGAAGAUCACCUGAACCCCCCAAAUCCAUGAUAGCUUGUCAAUUAUUUUGAAAUUUUAAAAUUGUAUUAUGUCUACCAAUUUUUACUUUACUUUUACACAUGAUGAAAAUUGUAUGGCCUUGUAGCACAUAGCCAAAAGUAUUAGCUCAGGAUUUCUAUGAGUGGUUUUGUUUGUGUGAUAUUUGGCCAUGUGAUUUUAUGAUAACAAGAUUUAUGUUCAUUGUUGUAUUGUUAAAUAAUGACCUGUAUUUCCAAUGAGACCCACAAGGUGGAUGCCAUUUCAGUAUUAUGAGCCCGUUGUGGUUUUUCCCCUCUAUUCAAGAGUUUUCCACAACGGUAGAUGGUGUUGAUCCUAAUUUGACUGUUUUCGGUGUGGUAAAUGGUGUUUAUGAUUUAAAAUAUUAUUGUAUGGUCAUCUGAGAUGACCAAGGAGGGACUGUUACGUAUUUUAAGAAUCUAAGCUACCCACACAUAGACUUAAUGAAGACCAAACAUAUUAGCCGUAAAUACCAUACAUAGCCACAAGGGGAGCCUUACUGAAGGCUGCAAUAGAUACUUUAUCCACAGAGGGCAGCACCACAGACCAAGCGAGGAAACCGAGGAUUACGUCCCACCGGUUUUCUCCAAGUCUUCCGGUCCUCCGAGUCCAUAAGAAAGCCUCCACAUCUUGAAGACAACAGAACUCUCCAGGCAGCGCUAGGACAUUCGUGGGCUAAAGUCUUAGACCAGCUAGGAGAACACUCUCGCACGUGCUAAGGCACAUCUUCAAUCUCUCUUAACUUCAGAGCAUCAGUUUACCAUACCGAAAAUACUUUAUACAAAUAAAGUAUCUCUUUAAAGCUAUUCCUUUGGAUUCGACCCCUCUUUCCUUGAAGAACAUGAUAGUAUCCUAAAACUACCGGUUGAAAGCUUCAGUUAAGACCUACAAUACUAUGCAUCAUUCGUGUAGCACAUUUCAGAUCAAACCGAGUCAUUAUAAACAUAUAAAAAGUUGUGUAGAUAGCUGUAAAAUAUUCCUCGCUUCAAGCAGCCAUGUUUUUUUGAAAAUUCCCGGUUUCGCUAUGUGCUCUGGGAUAGCCCUUGGAGGAGCAAGUGAGCUCUCAAAUCAUCUUAAAAAUAAGGGGUACAUAGCACUCAAUCUUAUCCCUUAAUCUUGAUCAAAUUGGGUAUUGAGACACCACUAGCUCUUACAUGAACGCGCAACUU